AUGUUGUUCCAUCACAAGCUCAGAUCAUCCUCCCCGUCCCUCCUCUUCUGCUGCUGCCACGACGGCCACCGCGCCGCCUACCACGAGGCCGCCUCCUCGGACUGCGACGACGGCGGCAACCCCCGCAAGGUCCGCUCGACGGCCCAGGAGCUCCGGCUGGCGGAGAUCCGGUACAAAUGCCGCAGCCUCAUCGCUCGGAUCGGGAGGUGCCGGUGGAGGCCGGGCCAUGCGGCCGCCGCUGCCGCUGCAUCCUUGGAGUUUGGGUACGACCCAAUGAGCUACGCACUCAACUUCGAGGACGACCGGAGCCGGGAGUCGGACGAGGAGUUCCCAGCGAGAAACUUCUCGGCACGGCUGCCGGUGUCUCCGGAUCGGUUGCUGCCGGCGAAAUUGCCGAGGGAAGUCGUAGCUUGUAGUUGA